AUGAGGACAGUCAGCCAGGGGUAUUUGAGGAGAACUCAGCUGAAGUGCUCCCUGGACUCAGAAUCUUCCCGAAAAUCUUCGCCGGACACGCCCAUUUUCGUAUAUGUUUCAGAGCAGUUGACCGACCGACGGACCGACCGACCGAAUGUCGCAAGCCAAUGCAAUAAUGACAAUGAUGAGCGAGUUCCCGCAGGAUUCGCCCUUCGUAGAAAGUGGAAAGCGAUUGAGGACGGAGAGAGGGAGUGA